AUGGAAGCACGCUAUGCUGAAAGAAUUUCCUUAACUUCUUUUUUUGGUGUGCUUCGUACAUGGUUUUUGUCCAUGGUUCGGGAAGACUUUAAAUAUGGAAAAAUUACUCUAGAAAAAACUCUGAAAUUACUUGAAAAAUUAGAUAUUCGGUACAGUACUGUUCAUGUGAAGUAUAUUUUUAAGGACAAUGACAGGCUGAAGCAAGGAAGAAUCACCAUAGAAGAAUUUAGAAAAAUUUAUCGAAUUAUUGCACACAGAGAAGAAAUUAUUGAGAUUUUCAACACGUAUUCUGAAAACCGGAAAUUUAUUUUUGAAAAGAAUCUGGCCCAAUUUUUGACACAAGAGCAGUAUACACUUGACAUUAAUAAAAGUAUUGCUUCUGAGAUCAUUCAAAAAUAUGAGCCUAUUGAAGAAGUUAAACGAGCACACCAGAUAUCAUUUGAAGGUUUUACGAGAUACAUGGAUUCAUCUGAAUGUCUACUCUUUAAUAAUAAGUAUGAAAGUGUUUAUCAAGAUAUGACUCAUCCAUUGAGUGAUUAUUUUAUUUCAAGUUCACAUAAUACGUACUUGAUAUCUGACCAAUUAGUGGGACCAAGUGACCUUUGGGGAUACGUAAGUGCCCUUGUGAAAGGAUGCCGUUGUCUGGAAAUUGACUGCUGGGAUGGAUCACAAAAUGAGCCUGUUGUAUACCAUGGUUAUACAUUCACCAGCAAGCUUCUGUUUAAAACUGUUAUCCGAGCGAUACACAAAUACGCAUUCAUAACAUCUGACUACCCAGUGGUGCUCUCUUUAGAAAAUCACUGCUCCCCUUCCCAACAAGAAGUGAUGGCAGACAGUUUGCAGUCUACUUUUGGAGACGCCUUGCUUUCUGAUACGCUUGAGGAUUUUCCAGACAAAUUACCUUCACCAGAGGCAUUAAAAUUCAAAAUAUUAGUUAAAAACAAGAAAAUAGGCACUUUAAGGGAAACCCGUGAAAGGAGAGGUUCUGAUAAGCAUGGUCAGGUAGAGGAAUGUGAAGAAGAAGAGGAGGCAGAGCAAGAGGAGGAGGAAGAUGAGGUCAAAGGACUGGAACCAUCGGAUGCUUUUCAAGAUGAUUUGGAAAAGGAGGCAGAGUCAAAAAGGGCAGUUGGAAUUCCACUCUUCAAGAAAAAGAAGUUAAAAAUAGCUACGGCCCUAUCUGAUCUUGUUAUUUAUACUAAAGUUGAGAAGUUCAGAAGUUUUCAACAUUCAAGACUGUAUCAACAAUUUAAUGAAAGUAACUCCAUCGGGGAGUCACGAGCCCGAAAACUUCUAAAGUUGAGAGCCAAUGAAUUUAUUCUUCACACCACGAAGUUCAUUACCAGAAUAUAUCCCAAAGCAACAAGAGCAGACUCUUCUAAUUUUAAUCCUCAAGAAUUUUGGAAUGUAGGUUGUCAAAUGGUGGCCUUAAAUUUCCAGACCCCUGGUCUGCCUAUGGAUCUUCAAAAUGGGAAAUUUUUGGAUAAUGGUGGUUCUGGAUAUAUUUUGAAACCACACUUCCUAAGAAAUAGUAAAACAAAGUUUAAUCCAAAUAAACCACUAAUGAACAGUAAUCCAAUCAUACUUAUGAUAAGGCUCAUCAGUGGGAUCCAGUUGCCUCCCAGUUAUCAUUCAUCAUCUAACAAAGCAGACACAUCAGUGAUUGUAGAAAUUUGGGGAGUUCCACAUGAUCAAAUGAAACAGCAGAGUCGUGUAAUUAAAAAAAAUGCUUUUAGUCCAAGAUGGAAUGAAACAUUCACAUUUAUUAUUCAGGUGCCAGAAUUGGCAUUGAUACGUUUUGUUGUUGAAAAUCAAGGUUUAAUAGCUGGAAAUGAAUUUCUUGGGCAAUAUACUCUACCAGUUCUAUGCAUGAACAAAGGUUACCGUCGUGUUCCUCUGUUUUCCAAAAUGGGUGAGAGUCUUGAGCCUGCUUCCCUGUUUAUUUAUGUUUGGUUUGUCAGAUAG